CAUGCGCGGUGCCGCUCCCCGAUCCCAAGUUUGGCUCUCCUCCUCCUCAGCUGGCAGCCCUGGCCCAUCAUGUAGGAGCGGAGCCCGGGGAUCGGAGAGAGUUCAGAGCGGACACAGCGGAGGGCUCAGCCGGAAUAUCCGGUCGCAGCAGAGGAGUCCCGGUGGCGGAGGGAGGAGGAGGGGAGGCGGCACUUCUCAUCUUUGUUGGAGAACUCGCCCCGGGAAGAGUCACCCCUCCCCCACCGAGGAGCCGGGAGAAUGAAUCAGCCCAGAGGAGGAGCUCCGGGGUGUAUGAAGAAGGUCUCGUCGAGGACGGGAGUCGAUAAGAAGAAGAGGAACCCAGGAUUGCCCAAACUGAAAGUUUUUGAAGAGCCAAAGACCAGCCCACCAACGCCACCUCGGGACUUGGACUCAAAGGCAUGCAUUCUAAUAGGAGAGAAGAACUUUGAAGUGAAAGCAGAUGACCUGUUACCGAUCGAAGAACUGGGCCGCGGGGCCUACGGCGUGGUGGAGAAAAUGCGGCACGUGCCCAGCGAACAGAUCAUGGCUGUGAAGCGUAUUCGAGCCACCGUGAACAGCCAGGAACAGAAGAGACUCCUGAUGGACCUCGAUAUCUCCAUGCGCACCGUCGAUUGUCACUUCACCGUCACCUUCUACGGAGCGCUAUUUCGAGAGGGGGAUGUCUGGAUCUGUAUGGAGCUGAUGGACACGUCACUGGACAAAUUCUACAAACACGUCAUAGACAAAGACUUGACCAUCCCCGAGGACAUUCUGGGCAAAAUAGCCGUUUCUAUUGUUAGAGCAUUAGAACAUCUACAUAGUAAACUCUCCGUCAUUCAUAGAGACGUAAAACCUUCCAAUGUGCUGAUUAACAAGCAGGGUCAGGUGAAGAUGUGCGACUUCGGGAUCAGCGGAUAUUUAGUGGAUUCUGUAGCCAAAACGAUGGACGCCGGCUGCAAACCGUACAUGGCGCCUGAGAGGAUAAACCCAGAACUGAACCAGAAGGGAUACAGUGUGAAGUCUGAUAUUUGGAGCCUUGGAAUCACGAUGAUUGAACUCGCUAUUCUGCGGUUCCCGUAUGAGUCGUGGGGGACUCCGUUCCAGCAGCUGAAGCAGGUGGUCGAGGAGCCGUCGCCACAGUUGCCUGCAGAAAAGUUCUCUGCCGAUUUUGUCGAUUUUACCUCAAAAUGCUUGAAGAAGAAUUCCAAAGAGCGUCCAACUUACGCAGAGCUUAUGCAACACCCUUUUUUCACGCUGCACGAAUCGAAGAACACUGACGUGGCGUCCUUCGUCAAACUCAUUCUGGGAGACUAAACCGAUCGGUGACCCUCUCAUCGUCUUUCACACAGACUUUUCCUGCAGGACCCGAGCAGCGUUUUAUAAUGGCUGCUGUACCUAAAGUACCCGUUGAAAGGUCUCGUGGGACUGGGAUAACUGGACUCCAUUAUUUGUUUCUUUUGGCUUCCUCAGUGCAAAAAAAAAAGGAGAAAAAAAAAAAAAACAGUCCGACCUCGGGCGCAUUUUACCAGAAUGGGAUAAUCUCCACCCAUGCCAGCUACCGUAUGGGUUUAUAACCAUUUAGGUUUCCUACUCCUUAGACUUUUUUUUUUUUUUUUUUUUUUUGGUUCUAGGUGCUACUAUAGUGUUUUUUUUUUUGUUUUUUUUUUCCUUUUCUGUGUAGUGUUUUUUUUCCUUCCUUUAUUUUAUUUGGUUUAAUAUUUAUGUUCCCUUCUCUGAUACGUCUGUUUGAGAGGAAGAGUGUGAUCUUGGAGCAGUACGGUGGCUAAUAUUUAUAGGGUUUUUGUUUUUAUUUUUAUUUUUUUUUGCUGGUGAAAGGGUGACUUUUUUUUUUCAUUGUUCUGUGUUAAGAAAAAAAUAUUUAAUUUUUUUUUCUCCCUAUUUUUAAACCGUGAUCUGUGCUGUGGCUGUGUGAACGAUUUUUUUUUUUCAGCUACUUUUUAUCCAAUUCUGCUUUUUAAUGCCAAGUAGAGAUUUGAAAUUUAUAUAUUUUUUUUUUUUGGUUUUUGUUAUCCUGGCCACACCAAAGCAAUACAGGACUUUACAGGCCACACCUUGACAUGUAGGAGUACGCUAUUGGAGUAAGACGGUCUCUUUUAAAAAAUUUAAAAGGAAAAGGGGGGGGGGGGGAUAUGUACUUGUAUAUGAUUUCGCUUGUAUAAAAA